AUGAGCUAUCAACAGGGUUGCGCAACGUCUGGGGUGGCCUCGAGCCGAUGCGCAACUCCAUUCGUGGUCCGCAAGGUGUUCGAGUUCCAGGCCUACGUGCACGCCGCCCUCGUCGACGUGUAUGACGUCUCUAAACGCUUGGUGGAAGCACUGAAGGUGUUCGAUGGAAUGCCGGUGAAGAAUGUGGUUUCGCGGAAUGUGAUGAUCACGGGCUUCGUCGGGAUUAGGCCCAACAGAGUCACCUUCUUGAGCGUCAUUGAUGCUUGCAGUCAUGGGGGGCUGAUGGAGCAAGGGUUAGCGUUUUUUAAAAAGCAUGAUCUUUUAGUACAAUAUAGAUCCAGGGUCGAGCAUUUUGUUUGCAUCAUAGACAUGCUUGGUAGGUCUGGACGGUUGUGUGAGGCCAAGCAAACAAUAGAUGGGUUCCCUAUACAGGUUAAUGCAGUUGUAUGGAGGAUGCUGUUGGGUGUUUGCAGUAAGUAUGGAGAAGUUGAGAUGGGGGAGAGGGCUAUAAAGAAGAUACUGGACUUAGAAAGAGAAUGCGGAGGUGAUUUUGCAGUGCUGUCCAAUAUUGAAGCAGGUGAAGUGAACGUGUAA